AUGGCUGUAUGGGUGCAUUUUGUUCACCUGGGAAAGGCGCAAACCAAGGGGCCGAGUUGGUUUUCUGAACAACUUGCCAAGGAAACUCCCAAAGGCCCCAGAGCCUCUCCGUUGGUUUCCCGGGCAAAACAGCUGAGUUUGCGUCGUGACGACUUUGAGAUCCUGAAGGUGAUCGGCAGAGGAGCCUUUGGGGAGGUGGCCGUCGUGCGGAUGAAGCAGACGGAGAAAAUCUAUGCCAUGAAGAUCCUGCACAAGUGGGAAAUGCUGAAGAGAACCGAGACGGCUUGUUUUCGAGAGGAAAGGGAUGUCCUCGUGCAUGGUGACAGGCAGUGGAUUACCACGUUGCAUUACGCCUUCCAGGACGAGCACUACCUGUACCUGGUGAUGGAUUAUUAUGCUGGAGGAGACCUACUCACCCUUCUGAGCAAGUUUGAGGACCGGCUGCCAGAAGACAUGGCUUGUUUCUACCUAGCCGAGAUGGUCCUGGCCAUCCAUUCCCUCCACCAGCUCCAGUAUGUCCACAGAGACAUCAAGCCAGACAAUAUUCUGAUUGACACCAGCGGGCACAUCCGCCUGGCGGACUUUGGGUCCUGCCUCCGCCUGGCUUCGGAUGGCACGGUGGAGUCCUCGGUGGCAGUGGGCACCCCCGAUUACAUCUCCCCUGAGAUUCUGCAAGCCAUGGAGGACCGAAAAGGCAAAUACGGCCCCGAGUGUGAUUGGUGGUCUCUGGGGGUCUGCAUGUACGAGCUGCUUUUCGGGGAAACCCCUUUCUACGCCGAGUCCCUGGUGGAAACAUACGGCAAGAUCAUGAACCACGAGGACCACCUGCAGUUCCCCCCGGAUAUCACCGACGUCUCGGAGAGCGCCAAGGACCUGAUCCGCGAGCUCUUGUGCCGCCAAGAAGUCCGCCUGGGCCAGAAGGGCAUCGAGGACUUCACGCGACACCCUUUCUUUGAGGGCAUCGACUGGGAGGACCUCCGCAAGAGCCCUCCUCCCUUGGUCCCUGAGGUGGCCAGUCCGGCCGACACCUCCAACUUCGAUGUCGAUGAUGACACCUUAAAAGAAGCGGAGACGCUUCCACCCAUCUCCCACACCACGUUCUCGGCCCAUCACCUCCCCUUCGUUGGAUUCACCUACACCUCCGGGAUACCCUUCCCUGAGAGACCCCCGGUGUCGCCCCCCACCAGCUCCAGCAUCAGCCGGCUCGAGAAAAGGAUCCGUCAGCUGGAACGGGAGAAAAUGGAAUUGAGUCGGAAACUGCAAGAUUCUCUGGCGAGAUCCCCUUCCAAGACCUCGGCCAAGGAUGCGGAGAUCCGAAGUCUCCAAAACGAGGUGGCUACUUUGAAGAGACAAUUGACAGAGUCCACUGAAGCUCAGGCCGACUGCUUCAGCGACUCCAUCCGGCCCCCUCCUUCUCUGCCGCCCUCUUCUUUUUCGCCCUCCAUCGUUCUCAGUCAAGGACUACCUGGUGUGACUGAGCUGCAGGAGCAGCUACAGGCUCAGGCUUGGGAGCUACAAGAGGAGCAGGAGCGCCAUCGAGAGACAGCAGAGGAACUGCAGAGCGCCGAAGCCAAAUGUGGGGAGCUGCAGGCCCAGUUGCUGCGGCACUCGCGCCUGCUGCGGGAACGACUGGAGGAGACGGAAGCUGCUGCUCGACGGGUAGAAGGGCUACGGAAGGAGCUGGCCCGUACUGAGAGUGGACGCAAGGAGCUGGAGCUCCGGAUCGAAAGCCUGGUGGGCGAGGUGACCAAGCAGCGAAAGGGACGGGAGAGAGCGGAGCAGCAAAUGCGGAAGCUGAAAGAAGAACUGGAGGAGCUGCGGGCAAAGCCAAGCACGGCCAUCUUCAAGCGGUCCAGCUCCAGGAAACGUCCAGAGCCGUGCGGGGCUUGGAAGGAGGAGCUGCAAGCCAAGGCACGGCAGGUCGAGGCUCUGACGGAGGAGGUGGCCCAACUGCAGGAGCAGCUGGAGAAAGCCAGGAGGCAGCGGUGCGAAAAUAUGGAGCCGUGCAGAGGAAGCCAAGCGGCCACGAGCAAUAGCGGCAGCUCCCGGCCUUCUUGUGACCAGGUGGAUUCUCGGGGGAACGACGCCUUGCACCCGGGACCGGGGAGCUGCCCGUCUGAAUCCCACAGAGCGGCCUUCACCAACUGGGAGACUCAGAUCGCCAGCAUUUUGAAGUGGGUGACGGAUGAGAAGGAGUCCCGGGGGUACCUGCAGGCCGUGGCGACUCGCAUGAUGGACGAGAUGGAGGCCCUGAAGCAGGCCGGGGCGCAGAGCCCGGGGCCCAAGAGCCCGGACACCCUCUGGAAAGCUCGGCGGCUGCAGAAGGUGGAGGCCUCGGCCAAGUUGGAGCUGCAGUCGGCCUUGGAGGCUGAGAUCUGGGCCAAGCAGAGUGUCCAGACGGAGCUGGAGCAGUUGAAGGCGGCCCACGUGGGCCUGGAACGACAGUUGCAGGAAGCCGAGCAGCAAAACCGGACUUUGCGCCAGGAACUGGAGAAGACCAAAGGGGAGCUGAAGGCCCGCUCUCUGGAAGGUAUCAAGUACCAAACUCCACUGGUUCCUUUCUUCUUCCGAAGCACCAGCAAGGACACCAUCGCUUUUGGGAACACGCCCGACUCCCAGGAGGCGCGGAGACCGUCCGAGGAGGUUCAGGUGUACCCCGAAGGCAGGAGAAGCCUCCAGUCCAACGCAGGAGCCCUGCUUGCCGAGAGCGGCCAUUCUGCAUCCCUCAAGCCCAAAACGCACAGCUUCAAAACCCACAGCUUCUCGGCCCCCACCAAGUGCAUGCGCUGCACAUCGCUGAUGGUCGGGCUGGUCCGGCAAGGCCUGGCUUGUGAGGCCUGCAACUUCGUCUGCCAUGUUUCCUGUGCGUCUGGAGCCUCCACCUGCCCCAUGUCCCCGGAGCAGCUGCAGAAAACCCUGGGGGUGAAUCCGGUGAAUGGAACUGGCACCGCCUUCGAGGGGUAUUUGUCGGUGCCCAAGCCCUCCGGGGUGAGGAAGGGCUGGCAGAAGGCCUUCGUGGUCAUCAGUGACUUCAAGAUUUUCCUCUUCGACGCCUCCGAAGGGAAGAUCUCACAGGGUGUCAUGCAUGUCACAGAUAUGCGGGAUGAGCAGUUUUCCGUGGCUCCUGUCCUCGCCUCCGAUGUCAUCCAUGCUAACAAUAAAGAUGUGCCUUGUAUCUUCCGGGUGACGUCCACCCAGCUCUCCUGCCCUCCCACCACCAGCUCCAUGCUCUUCCUGGCCGACAGCGAGGCCGAGAUGCGGAGGUGGACGCAGGUGCUGAGUGAACUGCAGCAGCUGCUGCGGCAGAACCAGCACUGCAACCGCUCAGUCUACGUGCUGAAGGAGGCCUACGACAACGGGCUGCCCUUCAUCCCCCAUGCCCUUUCGGCUGCAAUCCUAGACCGAGAACGACUCACUCUGGGUACAGAUUACGGACUUUUCCUUGUUAAUCUCAGGACAAAUGAUGUGCUGCGGGUGGGCGACUGCCGGCGGGUGCAGCUGCUGCUGGUCUCCCCUGAAGCUCAGCUGCUCUCUGUGCUCUGCGGCAAGAACCACGGACUCCGCGUCUUCUCGUGGGCGGAGCUGGAGACUCCCGAGGCGCCGGGGACCAAAGUGCUGGAGGCCAAAGGCUGCCAGGCGGUGGCCGUGGGGCUGAUCUGCCGCGGCACGACCCCUGUGCUCUGUGUGGCCUGCAAACGCCAGGUCCUGUGCUUCCAGAUGGCUGCCACGCACCCGCCCCACCGCCGUAUCAAGGAGAUCCAAGCGCCGGGAUACGUCCAGUGCCUGGACGUGUUGGGUGACCGCCUCUGCGUGGGCUACCCGUCCGGCUUCUCCCUCUACCCUCUGCUCAAUGAAGGGUCCCCUGUCAGCCUUCCCCACACAGACGACAUCCGGGCAUCCGCCGUGGCCCAGAUGGAAGCGCUAAAAGCCGUGGAGGUCAGCCUGAGCGAGUUCAUCUUGUGCUUCAGCGGAUUCGGCCUUUAUGUGGACGCGCACGGCUACCGGAGCCGGGCCCAGGAGCUGAUGUGGCCAGCUGCUCCUCUCAGCUGCUGCUAUAAUGCCCCUUAUUUGUCAGUAUUCAGCGAAAACAGCCUAGAUAUCUUUGACGUACGGAAGGCCGAGUGGAUUCAAACUGUCUGCCUGAAAAAGGUGCGGGCGCUGAAUCCCGAAGGCUCGUUGUGCACCUUCGGCAGCGAAAAAGUCCGGCUCACCUACCUCAGGAACAAAGGUGCAGACCAGGAUGAAUUCGAAAUUCCCCAGACCACGGAUAACAGCCGGCGGUACCUCAUGAGGACUAGGCACAAGCGGUGCUUCUCUUUCCGGAUCACCGAGGAGGAGCGGCAACACCAGAGGAGAGAGAUGAUGCGCAACCCCAGCCUCCGUGCCAAGCUCAUCUCUUCCCCAAGCAACUUCAACCACCUGGUCCAUGUCGGGCCGAGCGAAAAGCAGCACCAACUACAGGACCUACACUUGGCGCAGGAAGAGAAGAAGAAGGAGGCUGACGUCCGAAUGCGCUGCAGCAGCCUCUCCGAGAUGCGACGGCCGUCACCUGAGGGCCACAACGGGAUAACCCCUUUGGGGUCUGUUUCCUCCCUAAGACUCAAGUCAGCCAGCUCGACCUCUGACAACUCCUCGGUGUCUCCACAGUCUUUCUUCUCUGGCGUUUCGUCACUGGGAGAGCAGGUCUCAGAUUCGAGUCUUCCGUCCAGCCCAAGGAGCACCAGCACCACAUGACAGGAGGAGGCCCGGGGCUACCAGCGCCCAGCCGGACCGCAUGUGAAAUGAGCACGCCGGUGCCGGUUUGCAACAGACCAUCCGGCUCGUUUCGACGUACCUGCUUGUUGUCGUCCAAGGAAGGGAGGCGAGGAAGAGGAAGGACGGUCAGAGGCCGGACUCUGGGUCGGCUGCGGGAAAGCCACACCCCUGUGCUGCACUUAAAUCCUACGGUGGGACCGUGCAUCUGUGUCCCCCCUGCGCUCCUCCCUCCACUGACCUUUGAACCUUGGAGAACACAAGAGCUGCCGCUGCCGCUUUGUGGAUCCCGCUGCCGACACCAAUUCCCCCCUGUCCCGCUUGUUGCACAAAUAGCCAAGGGGUCAGGACACUUUUUAAAGACCUUUUUAAUGUUUACUUUAAAAAAAAAAAAGCAAAAAAAAAAGCUAAGCUAUUGCCAGCCAUAUCCUAAACAGGAGGCGGUUAACCUCUGGGUGAACGCACAUUAAAAAGAAAACCAAAUCACACGAGCUGCCUGAAGGGCCGUUUUCUUGAAAUA